AUGCCUCAAGACACACAUGACGAUGGCUUGCCGAGCUACGAGGAAGUUCUCAAGGAAGAAGAGAGGUUGCAGUCCCAACAGCAGCGACCACCAAGGCCACGGCCCAAUGCGCCACCAAGGCCCCAGAGGCCCUACACAGUGCCACCAGCUUCGUCUUCCCAUUCCCAUUCACACUCACAGACUCACUCUCACACGUCCUCAAGUUCCCAUGCACCCCCUCCAGCGAAGCCGCAACAAAGCUCAAGCUUGCCCUGGACAUACCCUCCCAAGUUCUAUUGUACCAAAUGUGGCAAUACAGGCUACAAGGUCAAGAACGGAAGGUCUUGCAAGUCGUGUUGGAGAAGGUUUGCACCUCAAAAUAACAUUACUGCUGCCCCUUCCCUUUACACAAACUACCAAAUGCCCGUAUACACUAGCGCAUGGCAGGGAAACGGGCCCUUGUGCGUUCAACCAGGGGACCCUCGGCUUGGGGGCGUCUUGUGUGGUGAAUGCAGAGGUUCUGGACGUACUAGGUUCCUCUUGGACGAAGAUAUGUGUCCCUUGUGCCAUGGCGUAGGCAGGAUCAUCACCCAGCCUCAACGCUAUUAG